GUUAACAAAAAUGUAUGAAGAGGAAAUAAUCGAUACAUGGCGUACUGCUGUACCUGCCUCACAUAUUGCCUUUUAUACACUAUCUCCUGUUCUGGUUUUAUCUAUACUAUCAACUCUUAACAUAAAUGUACUAGGCACAAAAGUAAAGCAAGUUAUUUCUAUUCCUUUUUUAAUAUGUUUACUAGUUAUGCCCUAUCGCUAUAGAGAUUUUGAAAACAGCGUUUUUUGUAUUUUCUGUCAAGUGAUUUCAUUUACUAUGUUUCAACGUUUUAUUGAUAUCUUUUUAAUUCAUCCUGUCAUUUACAAAAAGGAUGCUUAUAUAUCUGCUUCUGAAUUCAAUGCAGAGCUUUUGUUUAGUAUAAGAGCCAAUAACCGUCAUAAGCCAAAUGACGAGAAAAAGGUAUACUUGAAAUCAAAGAAAUUUUAUCAUCUCUUUCCUUCUAUAAUUUUAAAUGCCAUUGGUUAUGAUAUUGUUGUUUCAUGGAUAAAAACAUUUACAUCUAAGGAUAUAUUCGAAAUGCAAAAAUAUCAUCCAAUUCAAACGUUUUUGGUAUGCUGUUCCGGUAUCAUGUUAUUGACAUUUACAUAUAACAUGUUUGGUAAAAUAAUGCAACUAUUCUAUUGCAUACUCUUUGAUCAUGGUCUUUAUGCUCCAGAGGAAUGGAGGAAUAUGAUGGAAACCCCGAUUUUUGGUACCUCUAUAGAGGAUGUAUGGUCUUAUCGUUGGCAUAGAAUCUUACGACCUGCUUGGGUAUCAUUUGCAUAUAAACCUGUUUAUUUCUUGGUUCGCGAAGGAACAAACAAAAAGCCAAAAUAUAGACUAUUAGCCAUCUCUCUUGCUUCUCUCUCAGUUUUUAUAGCAUCAGGCUUUACUCAUGAAUAUGCUGCGUUAUGUAAUGCAGGUUGGAAGAUCUAUAGUGAAAGGUUUAUGGGUCAACAAAUAAUAUUCUUUGGAAUACAAGGCUUAGUCAUCAUCAUGGAGAAAAUCAUAGCUAUUUUGUUGAAACCUUAUUUACCUUCAUCCUUUGUAAAUUCACCACUUGCAUUACUUUUAAGGCAUAUUUAUGUACUCUCAGUUGCCAAUUGGACAUUUCCUUACUUUAUCAACAGUUUUGCCCAUUGGGGUUUUUAUAAAUUAGGCAACUUUACUCCCCUUGAGCCUAUUUUGCGUCAUUAUUUAGCUUCCACACCAUUUCUUAGAAAAUAUUGUGGUUCAAAUAUUUAGUAAAAUUACCCACUAUAACUUAAUAUUCUUUCCCUCGUGUAUAUGUAAUAUGUGUAUAUAUUGAGCAUUUGUAAAAAUAAAACAAAAUAAAAAUGGACUACUAUUUGUCAUCUUUAUUCUGCCC